AUGGGUUUCAUCUCUGAAGUCGACGGACUAGACUGGACCAUAGAUCAGCUCCCUGCCGCUGAACUCAUAGCAGAGAGGAGUACCCGUAGAGGCGGAGGGGAGGACCCCGUUAGAGGCGGAGGGGAGUACCCCGUUAGAGGCGGAGGGGAGUACCCCGUUAGAGGCGGAGGGGAGUACCCCGUUAGAGGCGGAGGGGAGUACCCCGUUAGGGACGGAGGGGAGUACCCCGUUAGGGACGGAGGGGAGUACCCCGUUAGGGACGGAGGGGAGUACCCCGUUAGGGACGGAGGGGAGUACCCCGUUAGGGACGGAGGGGAGUACCCCGUUAGGGACGGAGGGGAGUACCCCGUUAGAGGCGGAGGGGAGUACCCCGUUAGAGGCGGAGGGGAGUACCCCGUUAGAGGCGGAGGGGAGUACCCCGUUAGAGGCGGAGGGGAGUACCCCGUUAGAGGCGGAGGGGAGUACCCCGUUAGAGACGGAGGGGAGUACCCCGUUAGAGGCGGAGGGGAGUAACCCGUAGAGGCAGAGACAGACAUAUCUACUGUGUUAUAAAUGCUAUGGGGAUAUUGCUAAUAUGAGAGGCAGUUUCCAUCCAACUCAACUUUGACCAAGUACAUUGACUCAGUCAGAAUGUGACCUGGUGAAAUGGUGCUUCGAGUGAUGAACAAUAUAGAGACAGAAUACAGACAGAGGAAUUUACACAGUGAACAUGUAACUAUAAUAGAAUGAGUGAAUUUCCAGUCAGGAUAUAAAGGUAUAGGACUAGGCUCAGACUAGACAGUCACUGCUGCUUAAAUAUACAGGAGACUCUAGUCAUGGGAACUCAUCAACUGCCAUGUAAGCUCUUUGAGAAGACAUUAAAGAAUGUGUCAGGAUCGAAACAAUGACAGCAAUGUUUGUCACUUCUUCCUGCUGAAUCAGUUUUCUGCCAACAUAGACAAUAUGAAAAUAAAAUACAGGGUUUGUUCAGGCUACUGUACUGAAUUUUAAAACUUUCCAAAAUCCCUGCUUUACUAAUAGUCACAGUCAUCACGGUCACCUACAGUCACACUCAUCAGUCACCUACAGUCACACUCAUCACAGUCGCCUACAGUCACACUCAUCACAGUCACCUACAGUCACACUCAUCACAGUCACCUACAGUCACACUCAUCACAAUCACCUACAGUCACACUCAUCACAGUCACCUACAGUCAAAAACAUAUGCUUUUUUUCUUUGUUCCCGGAGAGGGAGGGAGAGGGAGACUAUGUUGAAGUCAUUGACAUUACCUUGUCUGUCAACCUUUUCUGUCUGUCCGUAGCCCAUUCCACCAUUCUGCGGAGUGUCUUUGUAGCCAGUCAGGCUUUUCUGCAGUGUCAUUAUCUCAAGGUGUUUGUGCUUCAGUCCUCUUCUCUUCCACAGCUCUUCACUUCGAGCCUAAUUAGCUUUCCCCUCUUGAGAUAGAUAAUCGCUUGCGACAGCUUCCCCAAUCACUCUCCAUCUAGUAUCCUGAACCAGAGCAGAUAACACGUCAACUUUGCAGCCAGUCGAUAUGGAGACCUUCCUGUCUUGUCACCACCCCCCCUCUCUCCUACUCUUAACUGAUUGGCUCUUUGAUAGCAUCAGACGUGUUUUAAAAAUAUCCUCUCUGUAUAAACAAUGUUGUGCAGUAUUUUAUUUAUUUUUUAAUCUAUAUAUAUAUAUAAAUCAGAUCUAUUUUUACACCUGUUUGAUUUUCAUGGAUGUGUGUGUGUGUGUGUGUGUGUGUGUGUGUGUGUGUGUGUGUGUGUGUGUGUGUGUGUGUGUGUGUGUGUGUGUGUGUGUGUGUGUGUGUGUGUGGACAGAGUUUGGGAAGCACUGGUUUAGGGUAAACCAACAAAGUGAGACUAAGAUUUGGGGUCAGAGGUUAGGAGUUGACCCAAUCACAAAUGUCUUUAUUUAUUUGGAUGAUUGAUUUGUUUUGGUUUCAGAUCUGUUAUUGAUGUCAUUGCUCUAGAUCUCUGUGAUCUCUUUUUUGUCGGUUUUUAAGACAAAGUGAGAGCAGACGUCAUAGAAUGUGUUCCCAUUUAAAAUGCUACGUGUAGCCUAACAUGGGCAUGGAAUGGCCUUAUUGUAAAGUCCUCUCCCACUCUCCCCCCCAUUGGUAAUAUUAUGAUGUCUGUAUCACCCCCCCCCACCCCCCACCCCCCCCAAUCCCAUGUGUUUCAACAGUGUCAGUUCCUCCAGUGUUAGUUUGUGUUUUUGCGUCAUCCAAAAACAUGAGAUUAAUUUAUAUAUUUUUAGAUAGAAAAAGCUGUACAAUAAAGUGGACUUUAACCUAAAAAGGGUCCAAUUUACUAAAUGAAUUUCAAGAGGGGAUAAGUUGACAGCUGCACUCACUGCCUUAACCCCCAGAUUCUGCUUUCAUAUUUCCAAACAGAGAAUUAAACGGCUUUUCAAGGAAGAUUAAACGUUGUACAGUAGACCGAUGUCAGUUUGUAGAAAGUACUAGGUGAAAACAGAAUAUUUAUUACUUGCGUUGGAAGAAAUGGUUUACUUAUUGAAUGUUGUCUGUCUAAUGUAUAGGAGUUUAGAUGUAAUAAAAAGCAUUUUGUUAUCUA